AUGUCGUUUUCAUCUAAUUCAACCUUUAAGCAUAAGAAAUAUAGUCCAACUAAAGCCACUGUUGAUAUUUCAAAACGUAAUCAGAGACAAGAACUUACUGUUACUAUUCCUGUAUCAACUGAAUGGAAGGGUGCUAUGAAACAUCUUAGUGGAAGAGAUUAUAGUGAUGUUCAUACUAUUUCAGUUUUAUCUAUGCUUUCUGGUUCCAGACAAUUUAUAGAAAUGUGUGAUUGUUUUGAUCAAUUUAAAAUUAUGGAUGUUCAUAUUUGUGGCGAUGUUAGUAAAGGAGUAUCCACAUUAAUGAAUUUUAAAGUGUGUUUUAUAAAGAGUAUUUCACUUCAGGUGAGUACUGAUAAUGGUUCAACUUGGACAGAUAUUGAUGCUGCUGAUUUAUUAGUUGAUGCGAAUCAUGUGUAUUUUGAAGAAGGUCAGGCUGGCGAAUUUAUUGAAUAUUAUAAUGGGAAUUUUUAUAUCGGAAAACCGGAACAUGGUGCUGGUUAUCCAAUAAUUGCCACACAAGUUCUUAGUUUUCCAACUGUUUAUGGACUAGCUAGUCGUCGUACUGUUCCUCCCGGAUUUUUUACUCCAAGUCCUACAGGAGUUUUAUAUGUUGAGCCCAGUUUUGAUGUUCUUUCUUCUUAUUCUUCUUUUAUAUAUCAAAGUAAAUUACCCGGUGCUAGUUUACAUUUAUCACUUGAUGUUGCUGGAGUAUCUUCGAGUGAAAAAAUGAUGACAACCCCCACUAUGAUGGCAGGAAAGUUAUAUAAAUUUAUUCCAGAAAAUCAAAAUGGACGUUUUUAUCCUUUUAUUAUGUAUGGUGCUAAAGCCACUCUUCCUACUGGUGAAGGUGAUAUUACUGAUGCUCUUUCUUUUAUUGAUGAUGGUGGUAUUUCUUGGACUGGUAAUGCGGGAAUACCACAAGAAGAAGAAGAAAUUAUUUUGGAUAAUGCCAAUGUUGAUUUACAGGAUGUUAUUCGUGAUAAUGUGAAAAUAAAAGUUCGUGUUGGUCGUGGUAUUGUAGUUGGAGGAUUUCAGGGGUCAGAUGCUGCAGAUGUUGAAGCUGCAUAUAAACAAGAACUUGCUAAUCAUACCAGUGUUGAUAGUGAUGGUUCGUACAUUAUGAAAAUUAUGGGUUAUAUUACUGUUAGAUUUAAACAAUUACGUUCAUCUCCACUUGAAAUUGUUGAAGCAUAUAAUUUUGUUCGUUGCCAAUCAUCUUGGAAGGAUACUCAGACAGGUCAAACUGUUUCUCAUGAUAGUGUAAUUUCGUUAAAUGGAUUAGGUCAAUUUGUUCAAGACGGUGUUAGUGGGUUUGUUAUUGAACGUGGUGAUGGAGAAUCUUGGAGUGAUGCUCUAAAACGUUAUGGUUAUGAAAAUUUGCCUGUUGACACUUUCAUGACUCUUGGUUCUCUUGCUGAAGGAACGGGUAUUACUUCUUAUGUGUGUAACUUAGCUAAAAGAGGAGUUAAAAGUGUAAUUGGUCCUUUAGUUGAAAGUGCUCUUUCUGAUGCUAUACCUGGUUAUAAUACGGCUAAAGUGUUGGUAGGUUAUGCUUAUACUGGUAUUUCUGAGGGUAUGCAGUUUAUUGAUAAUAAUACAUAUUUGAGUGCUGGUCGAGAUGCAUUGGAAUCUGUUUUAAUUGGUGGUUUGAGGAAAGUUGCUGGUGAUGAAGUUGUUGAUUUUUUUAGUAAUGCUACUUCGUUAAUAUCUAAGACUAUAUCAUUAUUUAAUUAG